UUUCUUUUCAUGUUGUGCACGCAGACGCAGCAACAAGAGCGCUAAAUACAGAGGAAACGGAGAACAGAGCUAAGAACUAAAACUGUAAACUAAAUUUAAAAAUGGUGAAGAUAAAUUCAAAUUCAAAGAAACGCAGUAGCUCAUCAUCAGCUUCAUCUACUACUAAAUCAAAUGGUGUUAAAGAUAGUGAUAAGAAAAGGAAGGCAACAAGGAUUUCAAAGAGGAAAACUGAAAAAUUUGAUGCUAAGAAGCCCAAGAAACCGCCUACUGCUUUCUUCUACUUCCUGGAGGAUUUCCGUAAGGAUUUUCAAGAGCAGAAUCCAAAUGUGAAGUCAAUGCGUGAAAUUGGCAAGGCAUGUGGUGAGAAGUGGAAAACGAUGACAUAUGAGGAAAAAGUCAAGUACUACGAUAUUGCCACCCAAAAAAGGGCAGUGUUUGAUAAAGCUACAGCAGAGUAUAAUAAGAAAAUGGAAAGCGGCGAAUUUGAUGAAAUUGUUGAUGACUCUGAUUUCGAUGAGUAAGCUUUUAGGAUUGUUGUGUUGUAUAAUCAUUGUUUUCAUAGGAGUAGGAAGUGCAUAGAGGCAAACUGUAUAUCAAUCUAUGAACCAAAUCAGUCUUCUCUUACAUUCGAGUCAUCUGUUUGUGGGAUUCCUGUGUAAAUUUCGAACUUGGAAUUGCAUGUAGCUGAUUUACUGACAUAGUUGACAAUUAAUGUGCAUGAA